GUAGCCGCCAUAUAUUAUGAUAAAAUAAAAUAGAUUGAAAAUCAUUUUCACAUAUCUAACAACACAAGCACUUGGACUUCCACCUUCUCCUCCAAUGGCUCUGCUUCAACUAAUCCUUUCUCCUUCUUCCUCCUCUCCCCCUCACCAGCCCUCCAUAAACCCAUCCACAUCCGCCCCCACUACCUUAAACCCUAAUUGGAAGCUCCUUUUCGGACCGCCACUGGUAUUCCGGUCGCUUCUCAGCCGCAGAUUUCAACGCCUCAGCUCUCUCCGUUGCUCCGCCUCAUCUUUCCCUGAGAACCACCACACGAAUCAGCCCAAGUUCGAUGACGUUGUAGAGCUUCCUCUGUUCCCUCUCCCUUUGGUUCUCUUCCCUGGCGCCAUCCUUCCUUUGCAGAUCUUCGAGUUCCGGUACCGCAUUAUGAUGCACACCCUCCUCCAGACCGAUCUCCGCUUCGGCGUUAUCUAUUCCGAUGCUGUCACCGGCACUGCCGAUGUGGGUUGCGUUGGAGAGGUCGUCAAACACGAGCGCCUCGUGGAUGACAGGUUCUUCCUCAUAUGCAAAGGACAAGAACGCUUCCGUGUCACCAGUAUUGUUCGCACGAAGCCAUAUCUCGUUGCCGAGGUCAACUGGCUCGAGGAUAGGCCGUCUGGGAAUGAGGACCUUGAGGAGUUGGCUAACGAUGUGGAAGGGUAUAUGAAGGAUGUGAUUCGGCUCUCCAAUCGACUAAACGGGAAGCCAGAGAAGGAAGCUCAUGAUCUUCGGAGAAACCUGUUUCCAACUCCCUUUUCAUUUUUUGUGGGUAGCACCUUUGAGGGGGCGCCAAGGGAGCAGCAGGUCUUGUUGGAGUUGGAGGAUACCGCAACCAGGUUAAAGAGGGAAAAAGAGACAUUGAAGAAUACCCUGAAUUACUUAACGGCGGCUUCUGCAGUGAAUGAUGUGUUUCCCUCUUCAUGAUCCUUUAUGGAUUAAUCAUCUGGGUGAGAAUUUGGUAAAUGUUGGCAUUCAUCUGUGCCUUUAUACACAAAGGAUUUAUAAAGGAGUAAAUUUUGAUGUUCAAUCACUUUGUUUCUCAGUGCUUUUAGUUAGAAUUUUGAAUGAAUCAUUGGUGUUCAUUGUUCAUACACUCAAUAAAAGCUUUCACUGAGU